AUGGCGAAGUCAGUGGAUUUCUCCGUUUUCAGCGUUCUGGUGACAGGAUCCAAUCGGGGGAUCGGUCUGGGUCUGGUGAAGAGGUUUCUGGAACUGCCCUGUCCUCCCAAAUGGGUCUUUGCUACAACUCGGGAUAUGGAGGCGGAGAAAAGUAAGGAGGUAAAAGAGUUGGCUUGCAAACAUCCAAAUCUCGUGGUGUUGCAGUUAGAUGUCACCAAAUUUGAGAGCAUCCAGGCAGCUCUGAANAAAAUGUUCUUCGAUGGACUCUGCAUCCUCCAGAAACCACACAAAAGCACGCUCCAUUCUCACAUGGUUUUUUGGGGGAGGGUCCGAAGGCCAUAUGGAAACACUGCUGUCUUGUACGACCUUCAGAAGACCUUUCUGCCCCUGCUGAAGAAGGCAGCCCAGAGAAGUCCACAGGAAGGGCUGAGCUGCAGCAAGGCGGCCAUUAUCAAUACCUCCAGCGCUGGAGGAUCAAUGGAAGUGAUGCUACUUUGGUAUAAGUGGAAAGGAAUCGGCUAUCGUUGCAGUAAGGCAGAUCUAACCGUGGAAGAGAGCACACAAGGCAUCAUGACUGUGCUUUCCAUGCUUUCUGAGAAGGAUAAUGGGACCUUUGUGGACUGGUCGGGUCGACAGGUACCCUGCGUUCUGGUGACAGGAUCCAAUCGGGGGAUCGGUCUGGGUCUGGUGAAGAGGUUUCUGGAGCUGCCUUGUCCACCCAAAUGGGUCUUUGCUACAACCCUUGACCUGGAGGGAGAAGACAACAAGGAGCUGAAGGAAUUGGCAUGCAAAGAGCUGAAUCUGGUAGUGUUGCAAUUAGAUGUCACUAAAUUGGACAGCAUCCGGGCAGCUGUGAAAGAAGUGCAGAAGUGUGUUGGAGAAAGCGGAUUGACCCUCCUUAUCAACAAUGCUGGCCUUUUAGUGGGCAACGAUCUGGAAAAGGAAAACGCCAAGGAGAUGAUGAGGGUGUAUUCCGUCAAUACUAUCGGGCCUCUGCAAAUGAGUCAGGCUUGUCUGCCCCUGCUGAAGAUGGCAGCCUGGAGAAGUCCAUGUCAAGGGCUGAGCUCCAGCAAAGCAGCCAUUAUCAAUAUCUCCAGCAUCUCAGGCUCAAUUGAACUUAUGGAACGUUGGAACAUAUUGCAAAUAGUCGCCUACCGCUGCAGUAAGGCUGCUUUAAAUAUGAUCACCAAAUGCCAGUCACUGGACUAUUCAGCCCAUGGGAUUCUGUGCGUAGCCUUUCAUCCUGGUCGGGUGAAAACCUAUCCCCAGAAUGGGGAGAUAUCUGUGGAAGAGAGCACGCAAGGCAUCAUGACGGUACUGUCCAUGCUUUCUGAAGAGGACAGCGGGACCUUUGUGGAUUGGUUGGGCCGGCAAAUUCCUUGGUGA